UAUCCACCGCAGCAGCCCCGCAUGCUUUGCUGGCUGUCCACUCCUCUUCCGUAACCCUUUCGGACUCUCUGCUUGGACUCUCCGCAAAUGAGCUGACUAGAUAGCGUUAUCGUGUACAGCGAGGCAGCGUGUGGAAUGCUUCGCAUUCCGCUCGCUCAUCAUGGGAUUGGCCGCCAUCCAAGGUGGUUACUUCUUUGUUCACACGUUCUGUUACACGUUUGGCCUGCAUGGUUGCGUGACCAUAACGAGGCUGAACGGCGCACUUGCUUGCCUGCGAGGACAUCCUUAGAAUCUCUCUUCACCGAGGUUGUCAAGCUACUUCUCAGACGAAGAAUACCCUGGAAAUCCUGCUACGAAUCCCAGUCGUCACCUAACGCCGAGGACGCAUACCAUUGCACGCGUGCCACUUCUGUCCGUGUUGUCCGCAUACACGAAAUAUAAUGUAGGGUCACCGCUGCCGGUGUGAUCUUUGAAAGGCGAUCAUGGAUACCUCACGCUGUCAUUGGCAACAAUGUUAUCGAGCAUAUGCCUUGCGCAGCCAUUCUCUACCAUCCAGUGGCAUACAGCGCU